AUGCUACUGCUUUCUAGGACCGCCUACGCGGCGCCCACAGCCUUGCGCCCCUGCACCUGCUCCUUCUCCCGCUCCUUCUCCCUCUCGGCCCGACCCCUCGCUCCACCUUACCUGUACACCCAGCUGCCGACACGAGCAGUCCUCGCAGUGUCGGGACAAGACUCGCAAAAGUUCCUGCAGGGGCUGGUUUCGAACGAUGUGCGGAGACUGGCGCAGAAGGGCGAGGAGGACGACCCGGACAAGCAGAGGGUUCUCUAUGCGAACAUCCUGAAGGCAGACGGCCGCUACAUGCACGAUCUUAUGCUCUACCCUCCCCUAACUCCCUCCGCCGACGGUUCUCCCGCUUACCUCAUCGAACACGACUCGUCUUUCACCUCCGCCCUGCGAACAUACUUCAAGCGACACAAGCUGCGGUCAAAAGUGAAGCUUGGAGCGGGGGCGGAGGAAGACUUGGUCGUCGCAGCAGCAUGGAGGAACCCGGCGGAUGUUGUUGAAGGGAAGAGUACGGCGGAAGAGCUGGAACAGGCGGAGCGGUGGCUCGAGGAGCCUAGGAAGGGCUGGGAUCCGCGAGUAGUGGGGAUGGGCCGGCGGUGGGUUGAGGAGAAGGAUGGCGAAAAGCCUCCUGCCGAGCUCUUUGCCCCCGUCACGCCUGCCCACUUCCAGCUCCACCGUCUCACGCACGCUGUCCCCGAAGGACCCGCCGACUUCCCUGCCCUCCCGCUCGAGGCUAACAUCGACUUGAUGAACGGCGUCGACUACCGGAAAGGCUGCUACGUGGGACAGGAGCUGACGGCGCGGACGCACCACAAGGGCGUUGUGAGGAAGCGCGGGAUGGUGUUCCGGCUGUUCAGGGAGGGAGAAGACAUCCCGACCGAACCUGUACCAUCCGCCGCAUCCCUCAUCCCCUAUCCUUCCCUCUUCCCAACUCCUCCGCCCGGAUCUACGCUCACCCUCCUUUCCGCCUCUUCCUCCCCUCGCGCCCGUCCAUCCGGCAAACUUGGCUCAUCCCUCCCUCUCGUCUCUCAGUCUGGCCUUCAGACGAUCACGCUUGCGUAUGGCAGCGUCCGGACAGACCAAGUCGGCGACGGCGCAGACCCGAACGAAGGCGUCUUCGUCGUCAAGGCGCCCGUGAGCGAGACGGCUACGGUCGGAAGUGAGGGCGAGGCGAAGAGCGACGCGGUUGAGCUGGGAGACGGAGCGGGCGAGAGUCAGGAGGAGGGAGGGCGGUGGCUUGCCAAGGCGUUUUUGCCUGCGUGGCUCGAGUUCAAGCUCGAGGAGGAGGCCAUUGCGAAGGGACUGUAG